AAUUUAGCCAACAGCUCCAAAAACUCAACUCCAACCACGCUCACCUGUUGUCUAUAAAUUUAGCCAACCUCUUAUGGAUGGCUAAAUUUGUCGAACCUCUACAGGUCUGUAAGAAAAUCUGUAGGAAAAUUGUACAUCAUUUAUUACCAUAUUGAACUGAUAUAUUCUAUUUUAACAAUUUAAAAUAUUAAUAACAUACUAUUUUUAAAUUAUAGCCAACUAAUAUAGCCAGUACCAUUGAAGCAAAAUGUCUUACAGGUUCAGCAAAUUUUACAUAAUGUCUUACAGGUCUAAUUUAGCCAACGAUUAUAGCCAACGCCGUUGGAGAUGCUCUAACAAGAAUACUUGGCCUAUCAAAUUCUCGUUGUCUACACAAGUCUAAGCACGCCUUUACUAAUGCUCUUCAUCACACCCCUGUAGUGUAUUCUGCUACUACUAAUCGUGUUUUAAUCGCACCCGUUUUUCGAAAUUUUUGUGCUUCCCCUGUGGCAUCGAAUGACAUGCAAAAAUCGGAAGCUGAGGAUUUAAUUUACAGUGUAAAAUCGUUACGAGCGGAAUUUGAAUUACUAAGAGGAGAGAUCAGUUUAUUAAGUGAGGUGGUCCGCGGUAUUCAGAAAUGCAAUUCGGGAGGUAGUUAUGUCAGUAGUUACGAAUCAGACUCGGAUGAAAUAUUUGCGAGGAGUCAGGAUAACGAGGUGGCAGAUAAAAUGAGUGAGGAACGCGUGAUUUGUCAGGAUAACAAGGCGGAUGAAAAGACGAGUGAUUUGUCAGGGGAACGGGUGAUUAGUCAGGAUAACAGUGAUUUGUCAGAGGAACGCGUGAUUAGUCAGGAGAACAAGGCGUUGUCAGAGGAAAUAUGGAGGAGUGACAACAGGGGCAAUGAUGAGAAGAUAGCUGCAGAAAAGAUGAAUGAUUUGUCGAGAGAUGAGGGAUAUAACGACAAGGCGAGUGAAAAGAUGAGUGAUUUCUCCGAAGCUCUGGCAACUGACAAUGCAGAAAUACAGAAGAGCGAAAAUGAGGAGCGCAACAACGAGAGAGUUCCUGAUGGCAAAGAACAAGAUCAACUGCGUAAAGAAAUUGAAUCAGAGAUAUCGCGUGUUCUGGACUUCUGUCGUCUGUCUUGCCAGGGUAGAUGCUUUCCAGCUGAUUUCCCCUUGGAGGUGUAUUAUGAUCACCCCGGGGUAGAUUCAGUUACCUUGUACCGGGAGAACAAAUCGGAAAAAAUUUAUGUCACUGCCAGCCGACCUUCUAUAUUCACUCCUGUAACAGCUAAGAACUAUGCUUAUCACAAAAGCUUCAGCUUCAAAAUGCAGCUACAUGUUGCAAUCUGGCCUGUCAUCGCGGAUGGAAGAGGCAUUGCCUUCAAAUGUUUUGCAUUCAGCACUGGAUUUCUGAUUGAGGAAGUUUACGCAUCUGCUCAUGACAGCAGAGGGCUCAAUUUUAGUGACCUGAACGGAGGCCUGCAGACGGAAUUCAAGAAGUAUUUAGAGAUGAAAGGAAUCACGACUAGCACGACAAAUACCAUAUUCGGCUACAUGCUGGAUAAAGUGAACAGAGAAAAACUGAUAACUUUAAAUAAAUUGCGCGAGCUGGGGGAGGCAUAACAUCCUUAGUUCCAUGAUCAUUUCGUUGUUUUGGUAUUUAUCUUAUAGUAUAACUCUACCAAUAUAGUUCCUUCUAGUGUGUUUUGGCGUUUUGCUGUUCAGAUGAACUAAGGAUGGAUUAUAUUCCGACACUUCUUGAUGAUCAUUAUGAAGUUGCGACGUUUGGUUUU